GUGCUGGGUCGCCAUUAAGAUUUGGUUAGUUAACCCCGCGCCAAGCUCCCGCCAAGCUCCAGCAGAGCCUCCACCACUCUACCACAGCAACGCUCAGCAACGCUCAGCAGCAGCGCUUGUCACGGACCACGGUGCGUCGCUUGCAACUUGGAAGACCUGAGAUCUACCAACAUCAAUGAUACCUCACUAACCAACAUCUUCAGAAAACCGGAGUUCCGAACGUUCGACUCUCCCCCCUAGUCCGGUUGAAUGGACUCCGAAAUGGCACAUACGCUGACACCGAGCAGAUUGUGUCUCCCGAAUACGGUCGAUACUUUUUUUGCUGUUGGAGGCGCGCGCCGGAAGUCACUGCGCGCGGCAAUGGAACAUGGAUCCGCGCGGAGUCAAGGCACAUGGCAUGGGGACUCCGGGGGGAAGGGGAAGGGGAAGGGUGCCCCAGCAAGUCAAAUCAAGCAAUUCCCCCCAGGAAGCCGUUGCUACUCUAGAGUACUCUACAUACUAUCAGCUGUCGCCCUUUUUCCCUGUGAAAAAAACACAAAGCCCCAGAUCGAGCUUCCCGACAUUCACCGACAUUUUUUAUGUAGCCGGCCUUUUCUUACGGCCGACCGCUACCUGUUCAGGGGAAUACUGUUGAGCGGAAAUACCGGUACUCUCUCUCUCGCUCUCUCUCUCUCUCUCUCCAACCUGGCACAGAGCCCUAUGACCCUCGACCUCGAUGAUCGAAGUCUUGGUACCCGACUCCCAGGUUUUCCCCAGCUACAUACGGUAUUCUACUCUACAGCUCAUUUGCCGAGCUGGUCAGCAGAUCAUGACAAAAACCACUUGUACCGAAUCAACGUUCAGGUGAUCGUGGCGAGGACAGAGAUCGGCGGGGAUUGCGUGCGUGCGUGUGUUCGUGCCUGCAGCAUCCUCCCCUUCUCCCCCACCCCAAGGGAAUGAGA